CGUUUGUUUACGUUUUCCAACAUCAUUUAUAUCAUCAACAACAAUAAUCGUUGUUGUUAUUAUUGCGAUUGUGUGUUACUUAUCUUGCGGCGGUCCGCGUUUCCGUCAUUGUCUUUUUUUCCCCACUCGUCUGCCCCCCACUACCGUCGUCGUUUGCGCGACGCGAACCGCAAUAAUAAUAAGUAAUAAGUAAUAACUAUUAAUUUUAGUCGGUAUUUCGCCGCCGUCGCCACCACCAUUUCCGUUUCCCACCGCUCCGCUAUUUCCGCCCGACCGGUAACCCGUCCGCGAUUGUCGUUCGCUUCAGUUAUCAGUGAAACGCUGCGUCUCUGGACGCGACGGACACAGGUGAGCUCCCGACAAAGCGGUACGAACGUCGAUCGUCGCCAAGCGGUAACAGGUAUUCCGACGACCGUGAACACACUCGCCGGUUUUUGGCUGUGAGAGCGACAUUUAAAUGCCGAGUCGUCGACGGUGAAUAAGUAACGAUAACGAACGCAUACCAUGCAUCAAGGCGGACGACGGACACCCGACCGGUAUUGAGCACCAAUUGCGUCUGAGCGGAGUCAGUGAACAGCACAGCUUGUGUGUAUUUUUAAAUAUUGUAUACAUUUUUGGUUCACUAUUAUUAUAUCAAAAAUGGCUGUUCACGGUUCUACACCUAAGCGUAAAGAAAUUUACAAACACGAGGCACCAUGGCCACUGUACAGUAUGAACUGGUCUGUACGACCUGACAAGCGAUUUCGCCUGGCGAUUGGGAGUUUUGUAGAGGAAUACAAUAACAAAGUACAAAUUGUGUCAUUAGACGAAGAAAUAUCGGAAUUUAGUCCUAAGAGCACAUUUGAUCAUCCGUAUCCAACAACAAAAAUUAUGUGGAUUCCUGAUAGUAAAGGAGUAUUUCCUGAUUUAUUAGCCACAAGUGGUGAUUAUUUACGAAUUUGGAGAGCAGGUGAACCAGAAACAAGAUUGGAAUGCAUUCUUAAUAAUAACAAAAAUUCAGACUUUUGUGCUCCAUUAACAUCAUUUGACUGGAAUGAAGUUGAUCCAAACUUAAUUGGUACAUCAAGUAUAGAUACCACAUGUACAAUUUGGGGUCUUGAAACAACUCAGAUUGUUGGACGAAUUAAUUCUGUUGCUGGGCAUGUUAAGACUCAACUUAUUGCUCAUGAUAAAGAAGUAUAUGAUAUAGCCUUUAGUCGUGCUGGAGGUGGCCGUGAUAUGUUUGCUUCUGUUGGAGCUGAUGGUUCAGUUAGGAUGUUUGAUCUGCGACAUUUAGAACAUUCUACAAUAAUUUAUGAAGAUCCUCAACACUCUCCAUUACUCAGACUUGCAUGGAAUAAGCAAGACCCAAAUUAUCUUGCUACAGUUGCUAUGGAUGCAUGCGAAGUCAUUAUAUUGGAUGUCAGAGUGCCUUGUACGCCUGUUGCUAGAUUAAACAAUCAUAGGGCAUGUGUUAAUGGAAUUGCAUGGGCUCCACAUUCAUCUUGCCAUAUAUGCACUGCUGGUGAUGAUCAUCAGGCCCUUAUAUGGGAUAUUCAACAAAUGCCUAGGGCUAUAGAAGAUCCAAUCCUGGCAUAUACUGCUGCAGAAGGUGAAAUUAAUCAAAUCCAAUGGGGUGCCACUCAACCAGAUUGGAUCGCUAUUUGUUAUAAUAAGUCGUUAGAAAUACUACGAGUGUAGUAAUACUGUUGGACUGUUAAUGUUGUAAAUGCAUUAUUAUACUUAUUAUUUAAUAUUUUCUCACAUCAAUACAAAUUAUUUGACUCGUAUAUUAUUAAGAAGACUUGUAAUUUUUAUUUGUUACUCAUGAUUUAUAAGAGACCGUGAUUUAUUUUUAUUUUAUUUUUUUUUCUUGAGUUUUAUUAUUUUAAUAAUUUUUUACAACAUAGUCCAAUACAUUGUACUAUAAAAAAAUUAAGUAUAAAAUGUAUUUCGUUAACAGCCCGCCGGUAGAUGAUUUUUAGCUUAUAUUUAUAAUAAAGAAGAAUACUCGUAUAUAAUAAAGUAUAUUGUAGAAUUUUGACUUGAUUUUUUA